GUUGAUGCUCAAUUUUGUUUUUAAACAAAAUAUCAUCGUUGUUAUUAUUGGUGGUUUUAUUUGAACAUUACAAUUUAUCUUGCUGCAAAAUUUGGCGCCCCUACGCGACUGCUUCGCUUCGCCCAAUGACAAGAGCGGCCGUGUCCGUCCCGUCCGUGUCAGUUCCGCCCGUUAUUGUGGGAACGGAACAGGCAGUUGUGGCGGCUCGCAGCUCCUUUUUCCUUAACCUUCUGAAAUCGUCUCGCUUUAUCGGGCGUUCGGGUGAAGAAGAAAGCCUUUCGCAUACUAGUCUAGUGUACCUCCUUCCGUGACAGGACACAACAGCACCCUGCUGGCUGCCCACCAGUUCAAGUUCGUUCACACGUGACGGCGCAAACACUUCAGCUGCACCAGCAAAUAGACAUUUUUACUUUUUACACCGUUCGAAGAAGAAGACGCACAAGAGUCAAUAUAUUAAGUGCACUGCUGACUCACUGUUACUUGCCUCAUGCCUGCUUUGGCCAAGGCUCCUCAUUUCAGAAUGGCGCGCCUUUGGUCGCUCGCGGGACUCCUCGUUUCUCUGCGCUCGCCGCUGAGCGCCGCGCUCGCGCUGGACUCGAGCCCGGGCUGCCCGGGCGAGCGCGCGACGCCAGCGGAGAUUCCCGCCGCGUCGGGCGCGCUCUCGGCGUGCGCGCUGACCUGCAGCGCGCGGACUUACCGGCAGCUGCUGGAGAAGAGAGACGCGCGGACCGUGCGGUUCAGCGCGGCGACGGCAGGAAAGCACGGUGACCACUGCUGGUCAACAGAAGUGAUGCAUGGUGACAGCGAGAGCUUACAGCGCGCUUACGUCGUGUUGCCUGUUGACACGGAACUAGCGGCGUGGGAGCCGCUCAGCCUGAGAACCACCUGUCCUGUUCACCACGAUGCACUGAAACCCCACCACGGUGCAGCAGCAGCCAUGAGCAGGGACUGUGGUUUGACCUUUGAUGUCACUACAUUCUUCAGCAGUGGCAGAAGUUUUCCGCUUUUCUGCAUCGAGAUCGUUCCACAGCUAAGCAGCUUGAGAGGAGCUCUGAGGUGCCCACCAUUCCUAGUCACUACUUGGCUCAGGCAAUAUAACCCAUAUACGUAGCUAGAAUCAAACCAUUUACUGUAUUUUACAUAUCAUGGAUUGAAAAAUUCUUUACAUUUUUAUUAUACCAUAAAGUAAGCAAAUG